ACUCCCAACAUCUUUGUGCAACAAAGACAUCCAUCCUCUCCAUAGUAUGGCCCAUCCUUACUAUGGUGAUCCCACAGGGGGACUUGCCAAUGGUAAUUCCAGACCGUCCGCUCCGUCCACCCCGGGAGCAGCCGCGACAACCAGAUCCGAGCCGUCUUCGUUUCAGUUCGACCCUCCACUCUUCGACUUCUCCCUCCCUUCCAUCCCUACUACCAUCCCUCCCCGUUUAGCCCAGAUCGGUCGCAGACUAUCUGAGAUGAGUGAUCAACUACUUCCCGUCUCACCUUCGUAUUCCGAAAUAGAGCUUGCUAGAUCGAAAAGCAGUCGAACGAUAAGAUCCAGAGAAGAAGUACCGGGGAUGGGUGACGAACCCAUCAUGUGCCCUUUUUGUCAAAAACCUUUACCGCCCAGUUUGUUCGUAUCUCAUACUGGACCACAUUCUCAUGUUCCAAAGAGGACACCGGUGAAGAGGACUGUGUCGAUGAUGGACGCGAAUGUCGGAAGUAGAACUCCGAGUCAGAUGAGAAAGUCAUUGGACGUUUUGGAAAAAGGUGGAGGUGUCACAGAAGGACAACUAGCCGGAUCAGGAUCACAGACGUCUCCAAGCAACGAGAAGGGGGUUCAAAGGAGUCAAGCAGUAGUUCAGGGCAAAGCCGAUCCUUCCGAAGUGAAAGCGACCGCGAAGGCAACAUCUGUGACUCCAGCAAUCGCCAAAACGCCGUCCGUGUUGACUGCGACAUCUGAAUCACUAGCACCU